CCUGGCUUAUGAGUUAGAUUCUAGCGUCCAAUACCAGAGAGAAUUUACCAUUAAAAUAAAGUAACCCAAGAAAAUUACUUUCUGCAUUUUUACUCGGAACCCUUUCCAUUUACAAAGACGAAACGCUUGAAUCUUGUGGAUUACUAUCGGAUUUCCAUUUCUAUUUGGAUCUUAUUAUUUUCCCCAGCUGUUUCAUUCAACAGGUGGGUAUAAAAACAAACAAACCAAAAAAAAUUACCAUGAAGUUGACGGGAAUAUUUCUGCUAUUGAUGCUUUGGACCUGCGACAGCGCACGAGUUGCAGAGAGCCGAGACGACAAUAGUGUGUACGACUUGUUUGAGCUUGUCCAAGUCCCCAAAAAGAACCAUGGAGUGACCCUAGUGAAGGGCGACGACCCAUACAGCCCAGCCUAUAAGAUCCUUAACCCGGACCUAAUCCCUGAGGUCCCCGAACGCAACUUCAGGGACAUAAUCGAUUCCAUCCACGCGGAGAGAGGCUUUCUACUCCUCCUCAAUUUCAAGCAGUUCAAGCGAACCAGGGGUUCCCUUCUGACCGUGGAAAAGCGGGACGGAUCUGGAGCCGUGUUCGAAAUCGUCUCGAAUGGAAAAGCGAACACUCUGGAUAUGGUUUUCUCCACCGUGAAUAAGCAACAGGUGGUCUCAAUAGAGGAUGUGGACUUAGCAACGGGCCACUGGAAAAAUAUUACGCUGUUCGUACAGGAAGACCGGGCACAGCUGUAUGUGGGCUGUGAGGAGGUGAACACAGCGGAACUGGAGGCUCCUAUUCAGAGCAUCCUCACUCAAGAGACUCCGGUCACAGCUCGCCUCAGGAUCGGGAAAGGAGCAGUGAAGGACAGGUUCAUGGGGGUGCUGCAGAACGUGCGCUUUGUAUUUGGAACAACUUUGGACGCAAUUCUGCGCAACAAGGGAUGCCAAAACUCGGUUCUGACAGACAGAAUCAUCAUUAUGGACAACCCGGUGAAUGGGUCCAGCCCUGCCAUUAGGACAGACUACACUGGCCACAAAACCAAAGACCUGCAGAUGAUCUGUGGGUUCUCCUGUGAGGAUCUGGCUGGGAUGUUUAAGGAGAUGAAGGGACUGGCAGUGGUGGUGAAGGAGCUUUCCAAUGAGCUGCGUAAAGUGACAGAUGACAACAAGCUGCUAAUAUCCAGAGUGGGAAUCCACAGUGGUGUCUGCCUGCACAACGGUAUCAUCUACAAGAACAAGGCUGAGUGGACCGUAGACGACUGCACAGAGUGCACCUGUCAGAACUCUGCCAUCGUGUGCAGCAAGAUGUCCUGUCCCUUGAUUCCCUGUGCCAACGCAACUGUGCCCGAUGGAGAGUGCUGCCCGCGCUGCGGUACACCGAGUGACUAUGCGGAGGAUGGCUGGUCUCCGUGGUCUGAAUGGACCCACUGUUCCGUAUCUUGUGGGCGGGGCAUCCAGCAGAGAGGCCGUUCCUGCGAUCGCAUCAUCAACAACUGUGAGGGAACCUCCAUCCAGACCAGGGACUGUUACCUUCAGGAGUGUGACAAACGCUUCAAGCAGGACGGGGCCUGGAGCCACUGGUCUCCCUGGUCAUCUUGCUCUGUUACCUGCGGGGGAGGCGUCAUCACCCGUAUCCGCCUUUGCAACUCCCCCACACCCCAAAUGGGGGGGAAGGACUGCCAGGGGGAAGGAAGGCAGACGGAGAAAUGCACCAAGUCACCCUGCCCUAUCAACGGUAACUGGGGUCCCUGGUCACCGUGGGACACCUGCUCUGCCACCUGCGGGGGAGGAUCUCAGGCCCGUAAACGCCUCUGCAAUGACCCUGCCCCGCAGUACGGAGGCAAGGAGUGCCAGGGAGAUGCCAAGUCCACUCAGCUGUGCAACAAGAACGCCUGUCCCAUUGAUGGCUGCCUGUCCAAUCCUUGCUUUGCUGGGGCCAAGUGCACCAGCUUCCCCGAUGGAACGUGGAAGUGUGGGAAAUGUCCGACAGGCUACCUAGGCAACGGCAUCAAAUGCAAGGACGUAGACGAGUGCCAAGAGGUUCCGGACGCGUGCUUCGUGUUUAACGGAGUGCACCGCUGCGAAAACACCGACCCGGGCUACAACUGUCUGCCCUGCCCCGCCCGCUACUCCGGACCUCAGCCCUAUGGAAGAGGCGUGGAGGAGGCAGCCGCCAAGAAACAGGUGUGUACACCGCGCAACCCCUGCCUGGACGGCAGCCACGACUGCAAUAAGAACGCCCGCUGUAACUACUUGGGACACUUUGCUGACCCCGCGUUCCGCUGCGAGUGCAAGCCUGGCUACGCCGGGAACGGCCACAUCUGUGGGGAGGACACCGACCUGGACGGAUGGCCCAACCAAGACCUGGUCUGCGUGGAGAACGCCACCUACCACUGCAAGAAGGACAACUGCCCCAACCUUCCCAACUCGGGUCAGGAAGACUACGACAAGGACGGCGUUGGCGACGCUUGUGACAACGAUGACGACAACGACAGCAUUCUUGACGACCGGGAUAACUGUCCGUUCAUAUACAACCCCAGGCAGUAUGACUAUGACAGAGAUGAUGUCGGGGACCGCUGCGACAACUGCCCUUACAACAGCAACCCCGACCAGACGGAUACGGACAACAACGGGGAGGGGGACGCCUGUUCUGUUGACAUCGAUGGAGACGGUAUUCUGAAUGAGAAGGACAACUGUCCGUAUGUGUACAACGUGGACCAGAGGGACUCCGACCUGGACGGAGUGGGAGACAUGUGUGACAACUGUCCACUGGAGCACAACCCUGACCAGUUGGAUUCCGAUGACGACCGUGUGGGUGACAAGUGCGACAGCAACCAGGACAUUGAUGAAGAUGGUCACCAAAACAACCUGGACAACUGCCCCUACAUCCCCAAUGCCAACCAGGCCGACCACGACAAGGACGGCAAGGGAGACGCUUGCGACCAUGACGACGACAAUGACGGGAUCCCAGACGAGAAAGACAACUGUAGACUGGCCAUGAACCCAGAUCAGCUGGACUCUGAUGGUGACGGUCGAGGGGACGCUUGCAAAGAUGACUUUGACCAAGAUAACGUGCCUGACAUCUAUGAUGUGUGUCCUGAGAACUUCGACAUCAGCGAGACAGACUUCAGGAAGUUCCAGAUGGUUCCUCUGGACCCCAAGGGGACGUCCCAGAUUGACCCCAACUGGGUGGUCAGACAUCAGGGCAAAGAGCUGGUGCAGACCGUCAACUGUGACCCUGGCAUUGCAGUUGGCUUUGACGAGUUCAACUCGGUGGACUUCAGCGGCACAUUCUUCAUCAACACGGAGAGGGACGACGACUAUGCCGGCUUCGUGUUCGGCUACCAGUCCAGCUCCCGGUUCUAUGUGGUGAUGUGGAAACAGAUCACGCAGACCUACUGGAAUAACAAGCCCACCAAGGCCCAGGGCUACUCAGGGUUAUCCAUCAAGGUGGUGAACUCCACUACCGGGCCUGGCGAGCACCUCAGGAACGCUCUGUGGCACACAGGCAACACCCCGGGACAGGUGAAGACGCUGUGGCACGACCCAAAGAACGUUGGCUGGAAAGACUUCACUGCCUACAGAUGGCAUCUGAUUCACAGACCGAGGACCGGUCAUAUAAGAGUUGUCAUGUACGAGGGUAAGAAGAUUAUGGCAGAUUCCGGGAGCAUAUACGACAAAACGUACGCGGGUGGAAGAUUAGGACUCUUUGUCUUCUCACAGGAGAUGGUAUACUUCUCAGACCUCAAGUAUGAAUGCAGAGAUGCAUAAUUGCGUGGGGCAGCAACUCUUGGAACAAUGCACCUUUCUGUACAAAUAUGAACAAUAUGUUUUCUGACGCAAAGUCCAGGGACCGAUUUCUUUUUUCUGCCACUCUUCUUUUCCGCGUCACUCCCACCGGUGGGACCAAAGGCGGAGGACCUGGUGUGGUCAGCCUCAGGGUACAUUUGACGCUGGUUUGGACAGAGAACCACCUGGCGGACUGCCAGUUAGAGGUUCAGAAAGGCCCUUUCCAACCCACCCGGAGCAGGUAGAACCAACAAACGGCCCCUUUGCUUUGUCUGAGUGGGAGAUGAGUGACCACCGGGGAUACCCAGCCGAACAACCGGCCGAUCUCUCUCUGACCUGAAAGACCUCAUUCAGCUCUGUGCGGGAGAGGUUUCCCGUAGAUGAUUAUGCACUUCUAAACCGUUACAUCUCUUUCUCUCCAGUUCUACACAUAUCUUUUUUCCAGAAAUGGACACCCAAAAAAUAAAACAUAUUGUUCCAUUAAUAUAAAAACAGAUCUACCCGGGUGUAGAUUCAGAACAAUGUGAUUCUAAGAAUUUGGUUUUUGGCUUAAAGGUUGAUGAAAGCAAAACAACAAGAUUCGAAGGGAUGAUGACUUUGUGUGACUGUGUGUUUGUGUAUGUAAAUAAGAGGACAGUUACUGCUUGCUUUUACCCGUCUAUAUGCGUGACUUUAGAGAAAAGUGUUGCUAAGACAAAAGAAAACAAACAGAAAUUAAAAUGAGCCAAAAUACAGGAUUGCUUGUAGGUUUUGUGGCUGGCAUUAGAUGAAUAUUGUUCAGUUCAAACUGAACAUAGUAUUACUCAGGGUAAGAUGGGAGAAACCAUCUUAGCAUUUUAAAACAUUGCAGAAUAAGACAUGGGAGGACCAUGUAAAAAAAAAAGGCAUUGCCAUUGCCAAUAAGUACAAGCCAUUCUGUCCAUGAUUACACUUGCCAAGUUGCCAUCCCUUUUUUUAAUCAUGAUUUGGAACUAACAGGAUUUCUUUUAGCUUUUCUUAUAGGACUAGACUAGCCUGUUUUCAGUCUCCACUGUAAAAACACCAAUGAGAAUCAUGCAAGAUGGUUCCAUGUCAUGAAAGAAAAAACCCUAAAGGAUUCAUUUAACUAGGGAUUCUAACAUAAGAUGUUAAAAACCACAAUGAAAUAGUUAUUUUCCAAUGGAUGGUUAACGCUUAAGAUAUUAAAACAUUGAACAGGGGGAUCUCCCUCAUCUUCAGAGGCUUUAAAUUGUGUAAAUAAAAGUCUUCCUUUAUUAUCUCUUGCCUACAGUGUAGGUACCAAACAAUGGAAAUACUCUGAGAAAGUGAGAGAUUCCCCUGAUUGUUCCAGACGUAAGCCGACAGAGUCAGUCAGUCUGGUGUCCUUCGGUGUCAGAAGUAGGAUUGGCAAUGUCUGAAGUCACCGAUCCUCCUCUGGAGGAACCAUUUUAGGAAUUAGAAUCCAGCCAUGGGUAGAACUAGGGCUCUUCAGGAGUUUUGUAUGUGACAUUUGUGCCUUGUCUCUUGAGAGAGAUGCAAAACAAAAGACAUCUUUUGAUGUACAAUUAUUACCUCUAUUCUGUUGCAUAAUGAAUUUGCUGAAACAAAAACAAAAAAUUUAGAAAUUCCUUCAGAAUCCAAAUUGAUUGACAUC